GUCACUAUUUACUCGACAGACGACGAGAAAAAAAAACAAAAAACGUGAUCACUGGUACCGCGUGUACAAACAAUGGAUUAGUCGCCAUCCAGUGGUGAUAGGGGACGACUUUUCACGCAGGAGCGAAAGCCAAAGGAUUUUUUGUUUUUAACUUCGACGCGGAACUGCUAUACCACCAACUUAUUUUUAUUCUAUUUUUUAUUUUCUUUUUCAAAAUUUCAGUUCGUCGGCUCUUCACGUUCUUUACCCGCUUUUAGAAUUGUUGUUAUUCCCCCCCCCUCCCUUCCUUUUCCCCUCUCUCCCUGUCUCUCACGCGGUGUGUUUUGGUAUUGGUCGCAGGAGCGCCAGUCGAUCCUUGCCUUCCGUUCAGUCUCCACGUUUUUUUCCCGUUUUCUCGGACGAAGAGUCAUUUAUCGUUUUUGAAUUCUGGAAUCAUGAAUUCUUCACCGAUUAAAGGCAUUCGACGUAAGAAAUCGUUGCUAAGUGAAAUCAAAGUGUUGGUUGUUGGAGGCCCCAGUGUCGGCAAAUCAGCUCUGACCGUGAGGUAUUUAACCAAGCGUUACAUCGGAGAAUACGAUCAUCAGUCGGAGAAUCGAUACAAGCACGAGGCCAUGAUAAAUGGUGAACCAGUUAUCUUUGAAAUCCUCGACACGUGUCCCAAGUCGGACAAGGAUUUGCUAGCGGUGGAUUCGAUUCAAUGGGCGGAUGGAUUCCUCUUGGUUUAUUCAAUACUAGACAAGGCCAGCUUCGACUACAUUCAACGUUUCAGACGGCACGUCCUCGAGAUCCGAAACAUCGGAACCAGCCACGGCAAAGCUGAUCAACAACCAGCCACGGCCAGUAACACCAUUCCGUGUGUCUUGGUGGGCAACAAGGCAGAUAUGGUUCACCUCAGACAGGUGCCCACACAUGAAGGUGAACAAUUGGCUAAGGAAAUGGAAUGUUACUUUGCCGAAGUGGCUGCUGCAGAACAGGUAUCGAGUAUUGCGGAUGCCUUUGUCGAAUUGGGACGCGAAGUUCAUUCUGUCCGACGACGGUCGAAACCUCCAAUAUCUUCCUCUUCGACACACUCGACCCCGUCACUUUUUGAUCGUAUGCUUGGUAGCCGAUCUUCAGCUUCAAUUGGCUCUAUUCGCGCGUAUGCCCGUGGAAAAUCCGAUUCGGCUCUGCCGAAAGAUUAACGGUGGGAAAAAAAAUGGUUUACAACAAUCAAAUGCCCAAGUGGUCCCUCCGAAUGGUCUUGAGGAACAUUGGACUACUGCAGACUUGGACAUAAACUCUUUGUUUUUGGUUUUAUUUUUGGUUUCGUUUUUUAUACAGAUCAUAAGUCGGAUGGCAAAAACAAAAACUAGACCCAUUGGUCUCAGUAAGAUUUUCCUCGCUAGAUGACACUGUUUCUGAUGAUAUUUAUUUUGGCCGCUAGAUGACCAUAAAUUCGAAAUGUCAGCUUUAUUAAUAUUGAAAAUAAGUGAGUGGAUGAUUAAUAAUUUUAUUAACAAAAUGUGCUUGUUGGCAAUUUUUGCGUAUUUUUUGCAAACAAAUUUGUCCAAAUAUGAUAAAUAAAAGAAUGUUUGGAAGUGCAAUAUGGCAAUGCAGUAACAGAUGUCCGUUAUUCUCAAAUUCAAACCGCAUUCAAUACAGGGCGCUGUUCAGUUUUC